AAAGAAACAACGGAAAUUACUGUCAAUUCGAAUGAAAACUUUUAAAUUUCGAGUAACCAUCGGGGUGUACACAUCUGGUUAAUAAAAUUUUAAUAUUUAACGGUUAAAUAAUUAAUUACAAAAUAUUUUUUCACGUUUUAUAUUUUUAACUUGAUUCAAUUUAAUGAAAUUUUUUUGAAAAAAUGGCUGAUUUGUUUACUCCGAAACGAGAUUUAAUUGAUACUUCAUUACAAAACACACCAUUGCCGCAAGCUACUUCGACUGUUGAAAAAAGUAAAUUUCGUCCUUCUAAAGCGUGUAAUCUUUUAAAAUACAAUGAAAUGGAUAAAAUCCCAUCAAAUCGUUUUUCAUCUGGUUCAACAUCAAGUCAACAAAGUGCAGCAAAUUCAUCGCUGGGAAUAUUACAAGUUGAACAUUUAGAAGAUAUUGGACAUUGCGUGCAAGAAGAUAAUGCAAAAAAUGAUCCAUUUAAAAAACCAUUACCUAAAUUAUCAAUAAAUGCAAAUUUAGAAGCACAGCGACAUUUGGCUCUACGUGCUUUAGAACGUUCAAGUAUGGGUUCAAAAAAUUUAGUAAAAACAUCUAAACAGCAGGAUGCAUCUAUUAACUUACCAUCAUAUUUAUUACAAGCAAACUCUCUUCAAAAUACCCCAAUUCGUAAAAAUACCAAUAUCGAUGGAGGUGUAACCAUGGAGAGUGAUAUAACAGGUUCACUCUGCGCAUCAUUAACGAGUGAAUCAAAUGAAUUUAGUGAUAGCCAAACAGACAAGAUAUCGUUUGCCGAAAAGGAUUUUUCAGCUCGAUCAUCUUUAGCUACGAAUCGUUCUGAAUCAAGACAGGAACUUGAAAAAAUGGAAACUUUUCAAGAACAAAUAAAAGAAAUGAAGAAACAAAUCCAAAUGUUAACUGAAAGUUACAUUAAAUCUCAACCAGAGUUAAACAACGAUGAUGAAGAUGAAAGUAAUUUAAAUGCUAAUUCAUUCGAUACAGAGGAUUUAAGCUUUGUUCCUGCUGAACUUGCACAAGAAAAACUAAAACGAGAUGAAGUAUCUUGGAUGCGAGAAAGAGGUUUACCAGUACCUACUGUUGAUAUAUCACGAAUAUCUGCAGAAUUUAGUGAAUUUGCACGACAACAGCGAGAAAAAUCAAUUGGCGAAUUUUUUUCAGAAAAAUGCCCACGGCUAUCUGAAAUUCAAAUGGUAGAAGAUGUAACUAUUGAUAAAUCUCCGAAAAGAUUAAUAGAUUCGUUUGAAAGUACCGGGUUAGAGAAUACAGUUGUCUCAGAAAAAUCUUCAUUGGCAACUUCUGAAAAUGCUAGUAUUAAAGCUGAAAGCACAGCAGCCAGCGUUUUAAGUUUAACAUCAAUCGCUAGAACUUUAGAAGAAAUGUCAAAUGAAUCUCCAGGCAAAAUUAUCAACAUGAUGAAACAAAAAUGUAAAAAAGUUGAAAACGCAACUUAUACCAAACAAAAACAUUUACAAUUUUCAACUUCAAAUAAAGAAAACAACGAAUCGUCGCUAUCUAAAACAGCUCAAAUUAUGCAUAAUAAUUCUACGCAAGUGUUAAAAGAUUCUUCAAACGUUUCACAAAAAUUACAUAAAUUUCAUUCAUCAACAAAAACCGAUUUACCAAGUUGUGUUACACCAAAAUCUGUGACACCUGAUCUAAAUACAGAAUAUUCUCCAAGGUCUGGGGAUUAUAUAUCACGUACACUAAGUGAGUUAAAUUUGUCUGAUUUAAGUGAAGAAUCGACUAUAACAAAAGAUUUCGAUGUAAAUUCAUGGUUAAUUGUAAAGGCAGAUCCAUUAAAAAUUUGUACACAGAUUUUAACACAAGCAAAACUAGAAUUGUUAUCAAAAUGUAAUCGAUGGAUUCUAGUUGAAGUGAAUUUUAAAGAAAUUCAAUUAAAAAAUGGACCAGCAAUUGAAUCAUCUGAAGGAAUAUUAUCGUAUAAUAUUCCAGGUACAACAAUUCUAGUUGAACCCGAUAAAAAAGUUAAUUUUGAAUUUGAGAUAACAACUUUGAUAUCAGCCGAUAUAAAUUUUAUAAUGAAUUUAACGUUAAUCGAUAUGGUGACAAAAGACUCAUGUAAUAUGCGGUAUGCAUUACAUAUUAUUUCAAUAUCACCAAAAAUAUCGUUAAGUGUUGAAGAUGAAGUUGAUUUCGAGUUGAUUGGAGAAAAAAGUAAUAAAGAAAUGAUUGCCCAGAUAAGCAACGAUAGUGAUGUUGAAAUUCCAAUCAUUUUAUCCAUUGAACAAGAGUUUGUCGUGUUUUUCUUAACAAAUAUCGAUGAUACCGAUUAUAAAUGGAAAUUAAAUUUAAUAUUAAGACCACAUGAAAAACGUGAUUUUAAGAUGGUUAUGAUAGGUCCCGAAAUAAAUGAUGUUAAUCGAUUGUUUCAUGAAUUUAAAUGUAAAUUUUUUGUAAAUGUUGGAACACGUAAUUCAUAUAGACUUUUAAAGGAAGUGGAGAUUUUUGGUCGAGUUGGUGUCAUGAAUUUAGAAUUUAUGAACACAAAUGAAAAUCAACCCAUCAAAAUUUAUCCAUCAGGCACACAACUAUUAACUGUUAAAAACAUUGGAGUUAUUAAAAUGCAAUUAAAUGUAUCACUUUUAAAUGAAAUGUUUAAAGAUUGUCAUGAAAAUAUAUUUCAUAUUGAACCAUUAAAAUUUAUUUUAUUGCCUGGUCAAGAGGAGAAUUUAAGCAUUUCAUUUAAUCGAAAACCUGUGGUUGUAUCGAGAAUUUUACUACUAAAGGAAAAAUAUGGAAGGUCAUUCAAAUAUCCCUUACAGGGAUUAACAACACAGGAAAAAACAAAUCGUUCAAAAUCACCAUCAAACCGUUCAAAAUCUCCAUUAUGGUGUUUUCGCUCACAAUCUUCACCAUCUGAAAUGCAUGUUCGAUGCAGUAGUGCAACAUCAGAUGAUUCGAAUCGUUCAGCCAGUGCGGCUAGUUCAGUUUCAUCCACAAACGAAAUGAAAAGACAAUUAACUUACAAUAAAAAUGAAAAAUUACCAAUAGAAGCAACUAAAAUUGAAAUGAUUUGGGGUUGUUGCAAAGUUGGCAAAUCUACUUCUAAUGAAAUUGUUAUACGUAACCGUUCAAAUAACCGUUUUAAAUUUAUUGCUGAAAUUAAAGAAUCAGCAUUUAAAUUUCAAAAUAAUGCAGAAAGUACACAAAAUAUGAAUGUAGUACUACAAGGCAAUGAAUCACGCACCUUAACCGUUAUAUUUACUCCAAAUCGUGUAGGGGCUAUCAGAGGAACUAUUCAAUUUAGUUCGUCAGUUGGAAGCCAAACAAAAAAUGUUCGAUUAUAUGGUUAUGGAGGCCAUACCAAAAUUGAUUUAAUGGGAGUUUCAAAAGAUACUUCAGAUCGUAUUUGGUUUAUGCUGGGAUAUUAUGAUACAGAAAAUAGUGUAAUGGAAUCUAGUUUUCUAGUUCGUAAUACGGGUGUUACACCUGGUUUUAUUUAUUUAAAACCAACGCACACUUCAUUAUUAUCUACAGACGAUCCUGAUUUAAAUAUAUCACCAAAAAAUUUAGUGAUUUUACCAGGAGAAACAAAAAAAAUUUAUAUUAGUUUUGAUCCGAGGCGGAAUUUUAAAAAAAUGUUUGAAAACAAAGAUGUUUGUCAAAUUGGGACAGUCAAUAUUUAUUUAGGACCAGAACCAACUAGGUUCAGAAUACGAAAUUUAUUAAAUAGAUUAAAAUUGAAUGGUGAUAAAAGUCAAUUCAAAAAUUUAGAUGAAUGUUUAAAUAUCGAUUAUGAGGAUGAAAAAAUUCCAGCUGAUAUAUCAAUAUGUCGAAAAGAAUCACCAGGUGCAAUUAAUUCUUUGGCAUGCGAUGUUGAAACUCGUAUUUUGAAUGUUGUGGUUGAAAAGAAUUUUGAAAAUUCACGAUUGAUGGCUGCUGAUAUUGAUGAAACCUGUAUAUAUCAAUCGUUAUGUGUUGACCAAACUACAAUUAUGGAAAAUACUUUAAUGCCUUCAACUCAAAAUGUACGGAGAUUUAGUCAUAAUAAAUGUUUUGUUGAGCCUGAAACUUUAAAUUUUGUAAAGCCAUCAAAGGUGCAUAAUACUUUUGUAAUAGUAUCACAACAUUCACGUCCAAUGCAGUAUCAAAUACUAUGUAAAUGUCCUAACUUACAAGUAUGUCCAAUGGAAGGAAUUAUUUCAGCAAGUGGCAGUAGUACAGUCAGUGUUAUACUUGGCACCGAUAGAAGCCAAGUGGUCGCAGGAACAAUUAUGGUGUAUGUUGAAAAUGAAGUAUUCACAAUUAAUGUAAAGAUAAAUUAAGACCAUCAAUAUGAUUGAUUCAAAGUG